ACAGAAGCCACAGCUCAGUCCUGAGGAACCACCAGAAGACUGUGAUCAUGGGCAGGAUCAUCUUCUAUGAGGACAGGAACUUCCAGGGGCGCUCCUAUGAGUGCAUGAGCGACUGCUCUGACAUGACCUCCUACCUGAGCAGGUGUCACUCCUGCAGGGUGGAGAGCGGCUGCUUCAUGGUCUAUGACCGUCCCAACUACAUGGGAAACCAGUAUUUCAUGAGGAGGGGCGAGUACUCUGACUACAUGAGCAUGAUGGGCAUGUCAGACUGCAUCAGGUCUUGCCGUAUGAUCCCUAUGCACAGAGGCCAGUUCAGGAUGAGGAUCUAUGAGAGGGAGAACUUUGGUGGUCAGAUGUACGAGCUGAUGGACGACUGCGACAGCAUCAUGGAUCGCUACCGCAUGUCCGACUGCAUGUCCUGCCACGUGAUGGACGGCCACUGGCUGAUGUACGAGCAGGCCCACUACAGAGGCAGGAUGAUGUACCUGAGGCCCGGAGAGUACAGGAGCUUCAGGGAGAUGGGAAUGAGCGGGAUGAGGUUCAUGAGCAUGAGGCGUAUCAUGGAUUCAUGUUACUAAAUUCCACUUCACAAUGUCACCCACUCUUCAGUUCUAACAUUGUAUUUCACUGGUUGUUUUAAAGCCUGGUUGAGAUGCCAGUAGGGAUGGGAGAUGGGCUUCAGUGAGUGUGCAUGAUGAGGUACAUGUAAUGGUCUUUUAUGCAUAUAAGAACUGCAUAAUAGUAGAAAAUAAAGUAUAUCAUUUAUACAA